GGCGUACUGCGUGCAGAGUCCCAUUUCACAAGUCUGAGAUGAUGAUUUUUUGUGAAGGCUACGCAGUGCUGAGUAGGCCUCCAUUGUGACGUCCCAUCUGUCUGCAGGCCGGACAGUAUGUGGUAUUCACACCCUUCGAUAGUGAAUACCUAAAGCUGUGUGGACAGUGAUGACUGUUCUUUGAGUGAAUGUUUGUUAUUGUCCGCGUUCAUUGUUGGCUGCCCAAUCCUGUCCUAGAGGCAGUCGUGCAUGCACCCUGCUAUUCUCGCACCUGAUAACUCAGCGAUUUCUUACUUUAACGCACACUCCACCAGAGUCACAUUCCUUGCUAGACCAGUUCUCCUGUGUCAAGAGUGUGCUUGCAUUUGUCAGCCGUUCGUACAUCUUUAAAGAUAUAUCACGAUGUGCCGCGAAGUGGUAACUCGACACUAUUGCGGCAAAUGCAUGGUUAUGACAAUGGUUCAGCGGCCUGAGAUCGAGCUAUGUUCCAAUGUCGACCGCUCGCGUAUCUGUCCGUCACCACCACUUGUCGAGGUCUGGUCAGAAGAAGAAUGCUCCACCUGUCGACGUUAUCAGAACCAUUUGCGAACGUACGCACCUCGACCUCCCUAUCAAAGUACUGCCCCAGUACAACGACCAUCAGAUCCCUCCGCAUAUCAUCGCGGUUCCCGGGCAACAGAAACCACAUACUGUGACCCACCAGAAAGACCAGAAGAGAUGCAGUAUCGAGGCCGAGAGACAGGUGAUCCAGCUUCUGAACGCCCACACGAGCAAAGCAGAUAUCGCCAUCACGAUCAGCGCCCUUCACCCCAGGUUAGUCCUGUCAGCUUUCAGUCAGACCAAGAAGACACCAUCACGUCGCCAGAACAGCGUGAUGCUCAUGUCACCUCACCUGCCUCAGAAUCAUUAGAGCGCUUUCGGCCAGAACCACCUCGUGGAUCAGAAGGUCAUACACAACAUGAAUUUGACCGACAUGACCUUGAAGAAGCGGUCGCAAGAUCCAUGGCAGAUGUGCGUGCCAAGGAGCUGAGAGAGUCUCAAAUGAGCUGGAGCAAAGUUCAACUCGAGUCAGCUGCGCAAAAGGAAGCCAUUGCUCGAUCGCUGGCGGAUGUGAGCUUGGCAGAGACGAGGGAAAACUUUGACAAGGAUCGGAGAAUUGCUGCAUUGGAGCUCGAGGUUCAGGUCGGAAAGGAGAAGGUCCAGAAGGUGGCGUCUGAGAAGGAUCGGGCAAUCGAUGACCUCAGGAUUGCGCUUCAGGAACAGCAAGAAGAGGCCGAAAAGAGAGAAUCUCGAAAGGACCGAGACAUUGUCGAGUUGAAGUCAUUGUUGCAACUUGAGAGCGAAAAACGAGAUGUGGAGCGACAAAUAUUCGAAAUUGAGCGUGAGGCAUUUCGAGAAAAUGACAUGGGAGUGCAGCCACCGACUGAGCCAGAAGUCACCAAGAUCGUUGAACCAACGGUGAGAUAUAGGGCUCCAAAAGGACGGGAGUUAUGGAUCCUCGAAGUCAAGAGAGAGCAGGGUCGUCUUGUUGAGCGUGAAAGACGGAUGGGACCCAAUGACAUGGUUUUCUCUCGAUGCAAGAAGCCAUGAAGCUCCGAAGGUCGUUCGGGGAGAGCUCCUUUCUGCGGAAAUGGGCUGCUCUGCGACGUGGAAAAGAUUAGAGACGUGGACUGAAUUGAUGGACAGGUCAAGGUUAACAUGACCGCUGAGGGCGAACUAGAACCAGAGACUUGUCAUUUCCUACCUAGCAUAUUCGAAGAUAG